AUGGUUUGCGGCCUCUACAAGACAAUCGCGACCGUCCAUUCCGAGGCCGACGAGUUCCAGCACCUGAUCCAACGGCAGGAGAAGGUCGACGCCUUAAGGAGCAGUGUGCAGGAGAAGCUGAGGAUGAACGAGGCGCUGAUGAAGUUGCUACUGAGUUUGGACUCCGUGACCGGGGUGGACCCCACGGUGAGGGAGGCAAGGAGGAAGGUGAGCCGUCAGAUUGUGGGGCUGCAGGAGAUCGUGGACGCGAUUGUUCAGGAAGACAUGGAGGGGUUCUGGGGUGGGUGCAGCGGUGGGUUUGGGAGGGACUACUGGAACGACGUCGUGGCGGAGAUGGAGGAGGGGUGGUGUAGGGAGAGAGGAGGUGAGGAAAUGGAGAGGUUUUCUGCUGAGUAUUUGGGGUUUCGCUUUGCUAGGCGAAGAGACAUCCGUGGUGCUCCGCAGCUCCCCUGGUUAGUACACCCUCAUAACCCUAGGUCCAAGAUAUUUUCGAGCCUCACUAAUGGUCAAGUUCACAAGUUGAGGCUCCCUCCAGGAGGGUGGUGGUUUUAUGGUUCUUCUAAAGGUUGGUUGAUUAUGGUCAAAGGAAAAGGACUAAACGCUGAGAUACUUGUACUAAACCCGAUUUCUGGAGCCCAGCACAAGGUUCCAUCUUUCCAUGAUGAGUCUGUAGUAAUUGAUCAUGAAGCUGAUUCUUUCCUCGAAAAUAUUGAAUUAUCUAGCCCAAACGAGUCCGAAUGUAUGGUGGCUGCGCGCAGUUUUUAA